AAUCAUCAGUAAAGUCUGUCAUACUCUAGAUCAUAGUAAUAUGAUGUCUAAUGUGACUUAAUCAUAACUAUUUGUUCAAAUAAUAUGACACAUAUCAUCAUUAAAUAUAUUUACAAUUUAUGGUGUAAACAAUAGGUUUCUUUGAAUUUACGCAAUUUUUGAGAUUUAAUUGGAAAACAAACUAGGAAGAAUGUCGGGGUUAACUUGCAACGCAUGUAAGAAGGAAUUCAAUGAGGAUUCAAAAGAAAGGCUUCAUUACAGUAGUCCGAUUGGCACUGCUACGAUCUCAAAGUUUCAUUGCAUCCUCCUUCGUUGCUACUCUCUUAAAACUUUUCUCGAGCACCUUCACUGCAAUCUUGACUCCAUAGGGAAACUGCCCUCUAUAAACAACCCUAGAUGCUCCAGACCCGGACCUGAUAGAGUAAUUGCUGGUAAAGGCAAAGAGCUUCGGCACGUGCAACAACCUCCCAAACUUGAACUGCAUGUUGCGGCUGACUUGUCCGAGCAAGGACACAAACAAUUGCAACAAAUAUACAAUGACUAGAUGAUUCCUAAAAUCAAGCACAUUUCCUUGGAUUAAGCAACAUGCAUGUGUAAUACAGACUUUUCCUUACA